AUGGUCAUGAAAGAUGUAGUUAAAGAAGAGGAAGAGGGUGAGGCACCAUUCCAGGAGAAAGAUUCUGGCAGUGAUGGAGAUUUCCUAAUGGAAGACAAUAUUGACAUUGAUGACAGCAAAAUGGAGAUAACAAUGGAGUUAAGGAAUGGAUCAACUGUAGAGGAAUUUACCUUGGAGGGCUUCCCUGAGGUCCGACACCUGGGGAAGGUCCUCUUCCUGCUCCACCUGCUCGCCUACCUGGCCUCUGUAAUGGGAAACUCACUCAUCAUCACAGUCACCUGGGCUGACCGGCGCCUCCACACACCUAUGUACUUCUUCCUGAGCACUUUCUCCUUUUGUGAAUGCAGUUUCAUCAGCACUGUUAUUCCUAUACUGUUGACCAUUUUUCUUUUAGGACAGCAAACAAUUCAUUUCACUUCUUGUCUCAUACAGGCAUUUUCUUUUUUGUUUCUUGGGUCAACAAUUUUCUUCCUCAUGGCUGUGAUGUCCUUGGAUAGAUACCUGGCCAUUUGCAGGCCUCUCCACUAUCCAGCCAUCAUGAGCCUGAAGGUUUGCUUCUUUCUGGUUUUGUCCUGCUACACUUUGUCCUUCACUCUUAUGACUGGACUGGUGCUACAGGUUUCUCGAUUGUCCUUCUGUGGCCCCAAUAUCAUCCCUCACUCCUUCUGUGAUCUUGGAUCCCUGAUCCAUCUCUCUUGUUCUGAACCAAGAUCUACAGAGAUGCUGACUUUUGGUCUAGCUUUGUUCAUCCUGUUUAUUUCUCUCCUUAUAACCAUAAUUAGCUAUGGAAAUAUAGCAGUGACAAUCAUGCACCUCCCAUCAUCCACAGAGCGGAAGAAAGCCUUCUCCACAUGCUCAUCUCACCUAGUUGUCCUUUCUCUGAUGUACGGCAGCUGUGUCUUCAUCUAUGUUAAGCCAAAGCAAACAAGCAGACUAGCCUCCAACCGAGAGGCUGCUCUGGUGAACACCGUGCUGACUCCACUGCUGAACCCUGUCAUCUACACCCUGCGUAACAAGCAGGUGCACCAAGCACUGAGGGAUGCUCUGUCCAGGAUGAAGUUACAGAAAUAG